UGCAGCCUAUCUGGAAUGCGAGGAGUGGAGCAAGAGCUCAGAAUGCUUAAGAGUGACCCCGGAUCUGGGGGCAGCGCACCCCUCCCCGGAGGAGGAGAGCCGCCAGGUCGUCGGCAAAUAUUAACCAGGUGUGUCGGUCUCUCCCGAUCGCCGCCGACACUUGGUUUAAACCUGCUGUGCGUCACCCGGAGCAGAGCCUCAGCAACUCAGAGACAUCACAAUAUAGACGGCGGGGACCUCAGAUUUCAUCAUCUCCAGUAGCGAAAGAAAGAAAAUACAAACAAACAAAAAACACGAAAAAAAAAAAAAAGAAAACAGGGGAAGGAACACACACAAACAACUGCUCCAUUCCGGGCUCGGAUUGUUUCGCCUCCUUCCCUCCUCCCUCUUCCCUCCUCCCUUCCCCUUCCCCAUUCCCCAUCCCCACUUCCCCCUUCCUUACCUUCCCUCACCCCCUACCCCCUUCCCUGCGCUGGCAUUGAGCUCCCACGGGAAUGAGUGUGUGUAUGUAUGAGUGAGACUGCAAGCGUGAGCGUGGGUGGGAGAGGCGCAGGGGUAGCCGACUGCCCUUCUAUUGGACUCGAGGAGGUAGACCUGGUAGCCAGGCGGGGCCGCUUCUUUUAACAGGCCUCCUUCCAUCUCCCCGUGUCCCACUUUUCCAGCUGUAGUGGAAGACCUGGCUGUGGUGCUCUCCAGCUGUGCUCCAGCGGGGGCUGCUGCUGAGCUCCUUUUUGGCCCCUCCUCCUAAUCCUCCUCUCCUUAGUCUUCCCCACCCCCCCAGCUGUUCUCUGCCACUACUGCUGUUGCUACAGCUGAUUUGCUCCUCCGUUCCUGGCUUCGGCUUUCCCUCUCCCCCCUCAUUCCCCCACCCUACCCCCCUUCAUGGCCGGGCACGAGUGGGACUGGUUUCAACGGGAAGAGCUCAUCGGGCAGAUUAGCGACAUCCGAGUUCAAAACCUUCAAGUUAUCAAAUUAGAAGAUCAGAUUAGGUCAUCUCUAAAGUUCCAUCAAGUGAUCUCCAAGGACUGAAAGGACUGGAAAUUAAGAAUACUUUGAAGUUGAACGGGAAAAUGUUCAGAAGAGAACCUUCACCCGAUGGAUCAAUCUACACCUGGAAAAGUGUAACCCUCCUCUGGAAGUGAAAGAUUUAUUCAUUGAUAUACAAGAUGGAAAGAUCCUGAUGGCAUUGUUAGAAGUCCUGUCAGGACAAAGUCUGCUGCAUGAAUAUAAAUCCUCAUCCCAUCGUAUUUUUCGGUUGAACAACAUAGCAAAAGCACUUAAGUUUUUGGAGGAUAGCAAUGUAAAACUGGUUAGCAUUGAUGCAGCUGAAAUAGCCGAUGGAAACUCUUCUUUGGUUCUUGGAUUAAUAUGGAAUAUAAUCCUCUUUUUUCAGAUUAAGGAACUCACAGGCAAUCUCAACAGGAACGCCUCAUCUUCUAGCUUAUCCUCUGGCCCUCCAGGCCCUGACUCAGAUUCAUCCUUGCCAGCAACUCCCAAAGGAGAAAACAGCGUGGCUUUGUCAGUGAAAGAUCAGCGGAAGGCCAUCAGGACCCUUUUAAACUGGGUUCAAAGAAGAACAAGAAAAUAUGGGGUGGCAGUGCAGGACUUUGCAGGCAGCUGGAGAAGUGGGCUUGCUUUUCUUGCAAUCAUAAAGGCCAUUGAUCCCAGCUUGGUUGACAUAAAGCAAGCUUUGGAGAAUUCUGCCCGGGAGAACCUGGAGAAGGCCUUCAGCAUAGCACAUGAUAAACUUCAGAUACCUCGGCUUCUAGAGCCAGAAGAUAUAAUGGUUGACACACCAGAUGAACAGUCGAUCGUGACAUAUGUGGCCCAGUUCCUAGAGCAUUUUCCAGGAUUAGAAGGGGAAGAUUUCAUGGAUCCUGAUAAAGAGAUUCCUAUUGAAUCUACCUUUGUCCGUAUAAAAGAAACCCCUACUGAACAAGAAGGCAAGAUUUUCCUUCUCACUGAAAAUGGGGAACAUACAUAUACAAUUAACUGUGAAACCAGCCAACCACCUCCUCCAAUAGUCUUUGUCUGUGAUAACCCAGAAGUGGGCAAGGAAUUGGUCACAGAUGAGAGUCCCAGUGAUUCUUCUAGUCGUAGAUAUUCUGAUAGCCCAGAGAACGAGCUAUCCUACAUUGCUGAGCAGGUAUUUCCUGGAGGCUUUAAUAAGCCAAAUGACAUUAAUGAAUCAUUAUCAGAGCCAUCUAUUUUAAUAUCUAAAAAGGCUGACCACAGGCCCGACUCUUUGCCAGUUAAGAAAAGUGUCCACUUUGAAUCAGAUGUAUCUAAAGAUGCUUCAUGCAGUAAGGACAUUAACUUCAAAGGAGACUCAGAGAUGAUAAAUGAGACAUUGGCACAGGAUGAUUCUGUCUCAUCAUCUGGUGUAUGUAAUAAAAUAAAGUUCAAAGAGGGACGCAUGAAAUCACUGGGCUCAGCUCUCAACAAAAUUCUGGAUGACUAUCCUUUGACACAUAAAAAAAAUGGUGGUUUUUCAACUUCUGACAUCCUACCAGGGAAUGCUGAAGAGGAUGUCGAAGCCAACGAAGGAAAUGAUGCUCAUCCUCAUUCAUCAGAAAUCAGAGAUGAGAAGGUAAUCCAAAAGGCUCUGGUUGAGGCUGGUGGGUUUGAAGAGAUGGCAGUAAAGGCUACUACUGCACAUAGCCCUGAAAUGAAAGACCAAACCCUCCGUGACGAAAACUCUGCCCCUGUUGAAAAGAAUGUUGCUCGUGAUGGAGUUUCUUCUAAGGCAAAUGUAAAGCAGUUGACUAAAAAGGCAUCUAAAUGUCAUCAUAAAAUGAAAGAUUCAACUGCAGACAAUUCUGACACUGACUUGCGUAGCUCCGAAGUGCCCACGGUUGAUUCCAGGGAUUCGUCCCUAGUGACCCCUGACGAGGAUAUCUAUAACUACGUUUUGCACCUACAAGAGGAGGCUGUAAUGACCGAGCUAGAUGUCUCUGAAAAGGCAAAGCAGCAGCCUGUUAACAAGGACCAAGAGGAAAAAGCCCCACCUGACAAUCACCUCGAAAUUCAGGAAGAUGUUGAAGAUGAGUUUUCUACCCCACUUAGCAGUGUGAGUCUCGAAACUCUAGGUAGUCAAAGCGAAGACAGUCUUGACUUGAAGCUGUCUCCGCCUUCCUCAAAAGUCUCAGUGAUUCCCCAUGACCUUUUCUAUUACCCCCAUUACGAUGUUCCCUUAUCUGCUGUUCUAGAAGCCUAUGUGGAAGCCUCUCAUGGCUCUCAGAAUGAAGAAAUAGUUCCGGAGAAAUCCACAGAGGAUGCCCAAGAACUUGACACCACGGGGGAAGACCCUCAAAAAGGUUGCAAGAGCAACUCUAGCUUUUUAGUGACUGAGUUGAGUGCUGAAGUCCCACAGAUGGAUCUUCCUAGUCAUCCAGCUGAAACAGAGCCAUCUUCAGAAACUGUUGAGAAAAAAAGCCACGUGGAACAUAAAGGAAAAGACCCCCCGAAUACUGACUCAGUGGACAACUCUCAGUCCCAGGAUUUUCAAAAUGUGGGCAAGUUAGAUGUCUCUUUGGAGAAAUUGCCUGAAGAAGCCACCAGCGCUAAGAAGCAUGAAGAAUGGAAUCAUGGAGACCAAGCAGAGAGUUCGCUCUUUGUAGCAGCUAGAGCUGCUCAUUUCUCAGAGGAUCUAGAAGAAGAAAUCAUUGAUCACAAAGUAAUUUCAAGGACAAGCCACAGUGACACCAGCCUUUAUAUCCGAAGACAGAGUAAUAAGCCCUCAGAAAUGGAUCAUUAUAGUCAUGCCCGUUUGAGACCUACAGAAAUGGAAGAAAGAAGAAAUCGGUUAUUCAGGAAGGCAAACAACUUCGGAGAGGCCAUGCUGCAUGGACAUCAUGGUGCAUCAGACUCCCUUGUACAUUUUGCACAACAACAGGACCUGGUGUACUUCAUCCUCUUCCUCUGGUUGCUGGUUUACUGCCUUUUGCUCUUCCCGCAGCUUGAUAUCAAAAAACUUUGAUUUGUGUGUUUCAAUAAUAAAGGACAGAGACCUAA